GGGGUGCCUGGAAACCGGUGGAAUCUGCACGGAGUGAGGAGAGCGAGCUUCUGGACUCCCAAACGCCCAGCAUGUGAACCGACGCUCAGCGCAGAGAAAAGUCGAAAACAAUGGAAAUAUAAACCUUUAGCGUCUUUAGUGUUUGCUGUUUUGCGCGACGCGUAAGUGUUUAAGCCGGCAGAGUGAUUCGGACUUGUUUGUGGGGUUUUUUUUAAGAGAAAACGGUACUUUUAAGUGUUCUUUACGGCGCAUUGGGAGUGAGAGUGGACUGCUUGGAGUCACUUACAAAGACCAUUAAGAAGUCAUGACACGACGAACGUUUCACUUGGAUUUAUCUAGCCGUUUUUAACUCGCCCUACUUGGAUCAAAGUUUUUCCUUCCCUCCCCCCCUCCUCCUCAACUAUGGCGGCGGCCAGGUUCACCACUGGCUCCGUGUUGCUGCGGAUCAUGUGGCUGCUGUGCGGGCUGGCUCUCUCAACCACUUCUGCUCAGCACUACAACAGCGAGAGUGGGAUAUCGGUGCCGGAACACGGGUUUUGCCAGCCCAUCUCCAUCCCGCUGUGCACCGACAUCGCCUACAACCAGACCAUCAUGCCGAACCUCCUGGGCCACACCAACCAGGAGGACGCCGGACUCGAGGUGCACCAGUUCUACCCGCUGGUGAAGGUCCAGUGCUCCGCGGACCUCAAGUUCUUCCUCUGCUCCAUGUACGCGCCCGUGUGCACCGUGCUGGAGCAGGCCAUCCCCCCGUGUCGGUCCCUGUGCGAGCGUGCGCGCCAGGGAUGUGAAGCCCUGAUGAAUAAAUUCGGCUUCCAGUGGCCGGAGCGGCUCCGCUGCGAGGCUUUCCCCGUCCACGGAGCCGGAGAGAUCUGCGUCGGCCAGAACACGUCGGAACCCGCCAGCCCGGACGAUCCUUCUGCCCCCUACGUCCCCGACAUCGUGACCCUCCCCCCCAACAUACCCAGGCCGAACCCACGCCCGCCGCAACACGGCCCGUACCACCAGUUCUCCUGCCCUCUGCAGCUGGAGGUGCCCCCCUACCUCGGCUACAAAUUCAUGGGGGUCAAGGACUGCGGAGCCCCGUGCGAGCCCACCAAGCCCACCGGGAUCAUGUACUUCCGAGAGGACGAGGUGAAAUUCGGCCGGCUGUGGGUUGGCAUCUGGGCCAUCCUGUGCUGCGUGAGCACCUUAUUCACGGUGCUCACGUAUCUGGUGGACAUGAGGCGGUUCCGAUACCCCGAGCGGCCCAUCAUCUUCUUAUCGGGCUGUUACUUCAUGGUGGCCGUAGCCUACGCCGCCGGGUUUUUCCUGGAGGACAAAGUGGUUUGCGUGGAUAAAUUCAAGCCGGAGGGCUACAGGACUGUGGCUCAGGGGACCAAAAAGGAGGGCUGCACCAUCCUCUUCAUGGUGUUGUACUUUUUCGGCAUGGCCAGCUCCAUCUGGUGGGUGAUCCUGUCCCUGACGUGGUUCCUCUCCGCCGGGAUGAAAUGGGGUCACGAGGCGAUCGAGGCCAACUCCCAGUACUUCCACCUGGCCGCGUGGGCCGUCCCGGCCAUCAAAACCAUCACCAUCCUCGCCAUGGGCCAGGUGGACGGGGACGUCCUGACCGGGGUGUGCUUCGUCGGGAUCUUCAACGUGGACGCGCUCCGCGGCUUCGUCCUGGCCCCGCUGUUCGUCUACCUUUUCAUCGGCACCUCCUUCCUCCUCGCCGGCUUCGUGUCGCUCUUCCGCAUCCGCACCAUCAUGAAGCACGACGGCACCAAGACGGAGAAGCUGGAGAAGCUGAUGGUGCGCAUCGGCGUGUUCAGCGUCCUCUACACGGUGCCGGCCACCAUAGUGAUCGCCUGUUACUUCUACGAGCAGGCCUUCAGGGAGCACUGGGAGCGCACCUGGCACAUGCAGACCUGCAAGCGCUUCGCAGUGCCCUGCCCGGCCCACAACUUCGCCCCCAUGACCCCGGACUUCACCGUGUUCAUGAUCAAAUACCUGAUGACCAUGAUAGUCGGGAUCACCUCCGGUUUCUGGGUCUGGUCCGGGAAGACUCUUCAAUCAUGGCGGAGGUUCUACAAGCGCCUUAGCAACGGUAACCACGGAGAGACAACGGUGUGAAGUUUGGAGGAUUAAAAGGUACAAGGCUGCGGAGUUAUGGAUAUAUAUAACAAUCUGAAAAAUGAGGUCAAAUAGCUUUCAUUUUAAUACUUUUGGAUGUAUUUUGUGAUCGGACUUUUUUUUUGUGUGUGUUCCCAGGUUGUGGCAACAAUUCAGGCUUUUGAACACAACCAAACUUUUAUCUGUAUUCCAUAGAAGCUGGAUGAAUUUUCAAUAUGUCUUUUUUUUUGUCAUCAGAAAUCCCACAGACCUGACUUUUACAUCAUCGGAUUAUGAACUGGUUUUUAACGGCCAUGCUGGACUUUUAACACCAGAUUGGUGAAGUAACUUUUAAUAUACAAACUCCCUGCAUAUUAUCAAUUAUAUCCUUUAUAUAACAAUUUGAAUGUACUUUCUGUUUGCUCGUUUGAGAGUUUGUCAGUGGACAAUACACAGUAACAGAAAAGACUGUUGAGUCGAGCAGCGCGGCCCUCUGUCCACACGGUUCGAUCCCCGCCACAGCCACAGCGACUGUGAAGCGAAGGCUGGACUAUACUUUGUACAGUUGAAGGUACUCUGCUUUUAGCUCAAGACUGAAAAGCUUUAAUACACGUGUUAGUUUUUGCAGAGUACAAUCUCGUCUGUUAUAAUAGCUGGAAAUAUUUCAUCAACUCCUGACCAUUAUGUGCCAAGUGGCUGCCCACAAGUCCAAACUUCUGUUACAUAGACCUUUUUUUUUUUUUUUUUUUUUAACGUUUAAACAUUUUUGUUUUUAAAUUUUUUUCAUAUUUCACAUUGAUGAUUUUUUUUUCUCCUAUAUUGAAUGUUCACUCCGAAGGUGAAUGAAGUUAUGUAUUGGUUUGCACAGAUAUCCUUAGUGUUAAAAACAAAUGACUGAUACACCAGAGAUCCACCUGGUACCAAGAGUUAAAGAGACCACACACACACACACACACACACACACACACACCCUCCACUCGGUUACUGAGACACAACAGCUCAUUGUUUGUCUCUGUGUGUGGUCUCUCAACUGUUGUAUUCCCCAUCAAAGAGACUUUUAAGCUUUUAAUGCAUCCAAAGCACCAUUUCAAUGAUCCAGAUUUAAUCCUCGGGAGUGCAAAUGGUUGCUCUGGACUUGUAAUGUUAUUUUAUCUCGGAUACAGCGGAACAAGGCUUCACACACACAGUACAACGGUACACAUUCACGCCUGCAUUGUGCUCAGUGUAACUCGAGUUGCCUUACUUCCUUGUAAUUUCACCUAAAGUGUUACACGGUUUCCACAGGCAGACUGAACAUUUCAGGGGUUUUUCUUGAGUUAUUAUUCUAGUGUCUCGCCUUACACAAAUCUUGCCUGUAUUUUCUCUGCAGCUGGAAAUAGGUCACAUAUAUUUGAUGUUCCAAGUUGGAGAAAUGUCAGGCGGGGGGGUCAAGGGUGGCAAUAUUUUUUAUCUGGAGAGUCGGAGACUGUCUCCGGGACAGAAUCGCCUCACUUUUAAAAGGUUACAACAACAAAAUAUUUCAUGUGUAUGGAUGAAACCGAACAUUCGCACGACCUCAAAGCAUCCACCAGUUCAUAAAUUAUAUUUUUUGAGUUAGCAUCAAACUUUAUCACGGUACAAGGGAAACUCAACUAAAUGCUCUUAUCUUUGAAAUAACACAAUUUCAGGACUGAGGAUGUUCCUUUACUUUGGAGAGUGGUUUUUAAAUUUGUGUAGAAAACGAUGAUUUUAUUCAGGCUGAUUUCAGAGAUAUUGCGUUUUUACUUAAUUGUGCCACAAACUUGCUGACGACGGUAUCGAUAGUGGAAAAAAAAAAUAAACCAGGGAUUUGUUCUCUUCUUGCUUGCAUUCGCUGACCAUUCGGACAGAGUGAGAGAAUCGCAGUCUAGUAAUGAAAUCAGUAGGAGCCCUUGUGGGGAAGCAGGAAAACAUGUUUUUGUCCUGACUCAGUCAGCAUGUGUUUGCCAGAAGCUUUUGUCUUUUGUCAUAUAGCACAUUUUCUCUGCAUACGUCCCAUAUUUAAAUAAUGAAUGGGAACACUGCAGCAAUGAGGGACAAAUCACAGCAUAACGGACCCGACAAUUUCAUUUCUGAUACUGUGUCGGCGCUACACAUUAUAAACGCAAAAAAUUCAUACAAAUUUUCAUAGUGUGCUUUUAAACGGUUUGUAUAUAAGAAAUGCCCGUUUUCUGAUGUGAAUGUUCAACAUACCUCAACGCUGGUUACCUUUUUUUUUUGACAUAGGACUGAGUUAGGAAACAGGUCAGCAUUUCACUACGUUCAUCCAUCACGUUAAAAAAAAGGAAAGCAAUCGGUUACCGUCUCAAAACAGCUGAAAUCUGCCGGUGUCAGAGAUACCAGACUGACUUGUUUGUGUUGUUUUCAGAAGGAAUAUCACCGUUCGUGUGUUGUUGUUGUUGUUGUUUUUUCAGAACAUAUGCAAACCAUCAAGUCAACACAAACUCUGAUUUUUAAAGGCAUAAUUGUAUUUAUGGGGGUACUCAUUUUUGUCUUUUUUACUUGUUUGUUAAUGAGAUAAGCCUGUUGUACGUGUACAGUUUGAAUAAAAGUGAUAAAGUUUGUAAA